UUCGGUACCAGAUUUCGAGUCGAGCGCUUGUCUCACCACCAAAACCAAAGACGUCGCGCGGCGCGCGAGUGCAAGAACUUCUGUGUUUGCGUGUAACCAUUUCACAUCUGCACAAACAAGAGGCCCUGUGAUUUAAGUCGUUGCAGUGCUGGUGAAUGACUAACUUUCUUGACAAAAAAUGUGCUAGAAAUCUUUCGAGUGGCAGUUGAUUAAACGACGUUCUAGUGUCAUCCGGAAGCAAUCAUGUACUUCGGGCGUAAACAUAUGUGCUUUGUUGCGUUGGUGAUCUUCUCGAUCUUCAGCGGAGGCGCCUACACGGCGCAGCGUACGCAUGAUGCCGUGGCGGACGAGGGUAGCCCGUUCUUAGAUAUGGCGAGCGAGUUCUUGUCGACGCUGGGCAAUCAACAGGGAGGCGGUGGUGCUGGUGGUGGCGGCGUUGGAGGUGCUGCCGGACUCUCCGGCAUCGCUUCGAUGCUGCUGCCACUGAUGGCCAACGCUAACAGUGGUGGGAAAGCUAGUGGUAAUGAUGGCAUGGGUGCGAUCCUUUCGGGCCUCGGAAGUAUGUUAGCGGCCGGUGCGAACGGAGGUGCAGGUGGUGGUGGAGGAGGAGGAGGAUUUGAUCCUGCGCUGAUUGGAAACGUGAUUCAAAUGUUUGCCGGAGCGGCUAGUGGUGGUGGCGGAUUAGAUGACGAUGAGCCUGUUCGUCGUCAGCAGCAAGGUGGUAGCAAGCGUCAGAAACGAAAAGCACAACCUGACCAGGCCCAGAAUCCGCUCGUAGAUACGAUGCUUACAAUGGCUACCAGCUGGCUGGCGAACUACAACAGUGCUGACCACGAUCGUGAUUCGCCCUCUGACGGCGCUGGUGGUGCUGACGCGCUCAUGAACCUGCUGCCCUUGGCAGUGCAAGCAUUCCAAUCGUUUUCCGGACCGGAAAUGGAACGUACCCAUGCGAAGCACAAAGAUCAUUCCUGGGUGCUGCCACCGUUCCUGGAAAACAUCCACGUAAUGUGGGACCAGUUCACGCAAUCCGAGCUGGCGGAAGCACUGUGGAUGAAGUUGGGUUUGAACGCGGUCUUCAAGGGUUUUGUCGGACGUGACGGUAAGCUGGACUACGACAAACUCUUCCAGUCGCUGCAAAACCAAUCGUUCCGGCGGCGCUGGAUCAAGGCUGCGACCAUCUAUCUGGCCGAGUGGGUGAACUACAUCGCCAAUCCGGAGGUUUACCAACGGUACGUUGCCACCGGACAGAUGAUGGCCAACGGGUUCCUGCAAUCGCAGGGCUACCCGAAACAAACGUUCCUCGAUAUUAAUCGACCGAGCGAAACGAUCUCGCACCUGAUCGAUCACGUGGCGAAGCGCCAUCUGGCGGUAAAAAUUUCUUCCAUCCAGUACGUUAAGCCGGCCGUGAACUACGUGAAGGAUCUGCUGAAGCUGGGCAAGGCCAAACAGUUCCUGACCCAGUACAACGUGACCGAGAUGACGGAUAAGCUAACCGACACGCUGAAUCUUGAGGUCAUUGAACCGGUGCUAAAGGUGCAUCGGGCUUACCGGCAAGCCAUCGCAACGCCACACUGCGACAAAUACAUCCUGUGCGACAUCAACUCACACGAUCCAAACGAAAAGUUGGGUCUCGGCGGCUUCAAGCACGGCGUGACCCGAUUCGGCAGCAUGGCAGCGGCCUGGUUCAUUGCACAGGAAACGCACACCCCCUUCUGGACGCUGUUUGCUAUCAUCAACGACCCGCACAACUGCGAUGUGAAGCAUCCGGUCGAUUGUUUAGAGUACCACGAGAGUGAAAACCGUGUCACCACAGAGUAUCCGCACAGUGAGCUGUAGAGGCGAAACGUGUGAUCCUGGUGUGGCAGCGGUGGCUAGCUGACUGGUGGACGCAUCCGGGAAACGGGCGCCAGUGCCCGCAUAAGACUGACGUUCGUUUCCGUUGUUAGUUUUCGUUCUGUCCAUUCCGAUGACGGUGAGAUGGACAGAAUGAAUGCCCAGAAAAAAACACGAGCAAACGCGUGAUUGUUGACUCAAAACUACACAAAAAAACCUAGUGAUCGUCGUCGAUUAUGGUACUAAUGCGCCUAAAACUAGUGGUCACCCAACAGGGUUUUUACUGUACAUUCGAACCUACCUAACCAUGGGGCAGCUGGAUGAAAGAGAGCGUAUGAUCGAACGUAUGGUUAGAAUUACGAUGAUAGGUGCUUUUAGUAAGGCACACAAUUAAGCAAGAGGGGGAAUUAAAACAUUUUAAAGAUUAGCACCUGAACACUCUCCCAGACUGUUAUCCGGGCUGGGCAGUUAAAGGUGACCUGUUGAAUGCUACUAGGAAGCUCCUAAUGCGAUUCAAAUUAACGACAUUGACACACCCUCGUUUUCGCAGUUGCCUACAUCUUCGGCAUUUACUACACGGGAGGAGCGAUAGAUUUUAAGCUAGCCGUAAUUAACUGUCUAAUGGGCGCACACUUGCACGAAGCUGAACUAUUUGAAGGCUUAGUAAUGUGUGCAUGCGUGAAAUGGUUUGAAUGCUUACAUCGCAUGGUAUGGUGUGUUCGAAUGUAGAUUACAAACGCUGGCAAACGUUGCACUGCGGUGCAACGCCGCCGAGGGUGACUGGCAGCGACGUGGUCACGACCAAAAAAGAAAAUACAAAUAAACAAAACAAAACAAAAAUGAACUGAAAAACUCCCAAACGAA